UUUCCAUUAUCUUGGGCUGUUGUCUGUUUCCGUCCAUAUGCUGUCCUUCUGUAACUGUCGAUGAUGCUGUCAGAGACUGCUCUCUAGCUCUUCUACUGACGUCACGUACACAAUGAAGAGAAGUUUGACGUCACUAUGCAGGAGUACUCUCAUCAUGGUGGUUAGCUUACGGGAGCUACGAAGCUAGGGGACUUCUGGGACAGCCCUGACAGGUUAGCUUCCACAGCUAACAGUUGGCUAUGUGAAGUGACUGACCGGGGAGAUAAAGAGAGUCUACCCGCAGCAGCUCUCUGAGUGGAUGAUGAGCUGACGUGCGGCCGGGCGGCGUUCCUGUCGGUGUUGCAGCUAGCUCUCAUGUUGCCAUGGAGACCGCAGCCUUCGAGGGCUGGCUGCAGUCCGUCUCGGCCUCUUUCCUUACCCUGAACGACCAGCAGCGCAACCAGUCUCUGGACCAGCUGAUCUCUUUGAGCGGAGCCGUGCAGCUCCGCCACCUGUCCAACGGGCUGGAGACGCUGCUGAAGAGGGACUUCCUGCGCCUCCUCCCCCUGGAGCUGGCCUUCUACCUGCUGCACUGGCUGGACCCCGAGACCCUGCUCACCUGCUGUCUGGUCUGCAAACAGUGGAAUAAGGUGAUCAACUCGUGUACAGAGGUGUGGCAGGGUGUUUGUCGGGAGCUGGGCUGGAGGAUUGACGAGUCAAUUCAAGAAGCCCCCCACUGGAAGGGGGUCUACCUAAAGGCUAAACUGCGCAUGGUGCAGCUGCAGGAUCAGGAGGCAUUUGAGACAUCAUCCUUGAUUGGCCACAGUGCUCGGGUCUACGCCCUCUACUAUAAGGACGGCCUCCUCUGCACAGGCUCCGAUGACCUCUCUGCAAAAUUAUGGGACGUACGCACUGGGCAGUGCAUUUAUGGAAUUCAGACACACACCUGUGCCACUGUGAAAUUUGAUGAACAGAAGCUGGUGACUGGGUCCUUUGACAACACUAUGGCAUGCUGGGAGUGGAGCACAGGUGCUAAAAUCCAGCAGUUUCGUGGCCACACUGGAGCAGUGUUCAGUGUGGACUACAACGAUGAACUAGACGUGCUGGUCAGUGGCUCGGCGGACUUCACGGUGAAGGUGUGGGCUCUGUCUGCUGGGGCGUGUCUCAACACUCUGACGGGACACACCGAGUGGGUCACCAAGGUGUUGCUACAGAAAAGUGAGGUGGAAUCUAUGGUGCAUAGUCCUGGGGAUUAUAUCCUCCUAAGUGCUGAUAAGUAUGAAAUUAAGGUCUGGCCUUUAGGGAGAGAAAUCAACUGCAAGUGUUUGAAGACGCUGUCCGUGUCCGAGGACCGCAGCAUCAGCCUCCAGCCUCGCCUGCAGUUUGACGGACGCUACAUCGUCUGCAGCUCUGACCUCGGAGUCUAUCAGUGGGACUUUGCCAGUUUUGAGAUUCUCAGGGUGAUCAAAACGCAGGACCCAGCUAACCUGUCCCUGCUCAGCUUUGGCGAGGUGUUUGCGCUCCUUUUCGACAACCACUUCCUGUAUGUGAUGGACUUGAGGACAGAGGCCAUAUCGGGCCGCUGGCCUCUGCCAGCCUACAGGAAGUCCAAACGGGGAUCCAGCUUCUUGGCCGGUGUGACCUCCUGGCUCAACGGCCUGGAUGGGGACAAUGACUCUGGACUGGUGUUUGCCACCAGCAUGCCGGACCAUAGCAUUCACUUAGUACUGUGGAAGGAGAACGGGUAGACCGCACGCACGCUCUGAAAUAUAUCAACAGCCAACAUAGAUCAUGCAUGGACCAAAGCAUUUUGUUUUUAUCUGUUUCUUCCUCAAACAGUCCCACUCCAGACACCCACCUGGACUUCCACGGAUGGAAAACUAAGAAAUAUGAUGGAUUUACUGGUAUCACUGGUGUGCUAGAUCAACACAUCUCUGACAAUUAAAUGUUCCAAAAUAAACACAACAAUAGAAUUUCUCCUGUAAAAUAUUUGAACGUAGAGGUGUAAGUGUUUUUUGGCAGAUUUGCUCUUUGAUCCGUUUGGCAUUGUACCAGUCACCUUUGAAGGGUAACUAC